AUGGUAAUUGGUAACGUCUCCGGUCAUCAGCAUUCAGCUCGUCGUCCUGUCAUCAUCUCAUCGUCGCAGAUGUCAAAAACAUAUGAUUAUAUUGAAGUGGAAGAUGAGACGAUUGAAGUUGAAAACCCAACAAAUAAUCAAGUUCUACUAGAAAAUGUGAGAAAAACUAAAGAAUUCAACCCACGAUCGAAAGUUUGGAACGAAUUUGAAAGAUAUAAGGAUGAAGAUGGUGUUCAAAGAUACAAAUGUAAGCAUUGUGGUGGCGGGAAAUACAAGUGCGAAUCAGGCGCUUAUGGGACCAAAAAUCUAGGUUAUCAUUUAACUAAAUGUAAAGUUUACCAGGCUAAACGUAGUGGUGGGAAACACAACUAG